GGAGCCGGUCGCCCAAGCGACGACGCACAAGGAGCAGGUCGCCCGCCGUCCUCCCGCGCUGGAUGCCGCGCGGAGUCCCGGAAUAAAGAGGAGGAGAAAGAAGGGAAAACCAAGACUUGUGGAGGCGACAGUGAUACGAGAAAUCCGGAGGUUUACUUUCCCGACCACAGCGGGGAGCUUCUGCCAUGGCUUCCAACUUCAAUGACAUAGUGAAACAGGGCUACGUGAGGAUACGGAGUAAGAAGCUGGGGAUCUUCCGGAGGUGCUGGCUGGUCUUCAAGAAGGCGUCCAGCAAAGGGCCUCGGCGGUUAGAGAAGUACCCGGAUGAGAAGGCGGCCUACUUCAGGAGCUUCCACAAGAUCACCGAGCUCCACAACGUCAAGAACAUCACCCGGAUGCCGCGGGAGACCAAAAAGCACGCCGUGGCCAUCAUCUUCUACGACGACACGUCCAAGACGUUUGCCUGUGAGUCAGAGCUGGAUGCGGAGGAAUGGUACAAGCUGCUGUGCGUGGAGUGCCUGGGCAGCCGCCUCAACGACAUCAGCCUGGGCGAGCCAGACUUGUUAGCGGCGGGGGUGCAGCGGGAGCAGAACGAACGCUUCAACGUGUACCUGAUGCCGACGCCCAACCUGGACAUCUACGGAGAGUGCACCAUGCAGAUCACCCACGAGAACAUCCACCUGUGGGACAUUCACAACGCCCGGGUCAAACUGGUCAUGUGGCCUCUCAGCUCCCUCCGCAGAUACGGGCGCGACUCCACCUGGUUCACCUUCGAGUCUGGCAGGAUGUGUGACACCGGCGAGGGUCUGUUCACGUUCCAGACGCGCGAGGGGGAGAUGAUCUACCAGCGGGUGCACUCGGCCACGCUGUCCAUCGCCCAGCAGCACGAGAGGAUGAUGGAGGAGAUGGAGAAGAGCUCCCAGAUCCACUCCAGAGAGACGCUAACCAAGUCCAUCUCCCUGCCGCGCAGCGCCUACUGGCAGCACAUCACACGCCAGAACAGCGUGGGAGACCUCUACUGCUACCAAGGAACCAACCUGACGAUGACUCUCAUCCCACGAGCACAGACGUUCCCGGGCUUCCUGUCUGAUGAGCACAGCGAGGAGGAGACCCAGCACCAGGAAGAGGCGCUAUCCCCCCUCUAGUGGCUAUGAAUCCAGUUGCAGCCCGGGACCUCUUCAAUGACACAGCAAUGCCCUGCCCAAACCUGGACACUUUUACCACCACCUUUUAGAGAGGAUUGUAGAAAUGUGUAUAGCCACAUGUGUAAUAUACACCAUUUCAUGUCAAAAACCCCGACGGAAGUGUUAGCCGCAAGGCAAGUGGCACGUAGAAUCUCACAGGAAGGAUGGCUAUGCUACGAUUUUGUACCGGUUCCGUGACGACCGCGGUAGCCCUAAAAGAUUGCACCAAAAAAAAAAAACACAAACUCAUCCUUUAUAUACGUUUUAUGUUGUCGCCACGGUGUCGAUGCCAACGUCGUUCUGUUGUUGUUUUUACAUCACUGCACUGCACCUUAUUAAACGGUAUAGGGUCUGGAGAGACGGGAGGAGCACAGUUAAAACUACAUUUAGGAGACGACACAUACCACGUCAGAAACCUGACAGCGACGGCCUUCACCUGAGGGGCAAACCCAGAUUUCAGCGCACAGUCCUCCCCCUG